UAAAUAACAUAAUGCAUUACAAAUAGCGUGUAUAACAAAUACAUUGCUUAUUGAAAUAAUUGACAAAUUAUUAAAAUAAAGCUUGGUUGUGAAGAUUUGUUUCCUAUAAAGUUCAUUCAUGUGUUACCACUAUACGCAAAAUGAGAAAGGACAAUAAAAAGAGAAAGGCAGACGACGACCACACAAUAUCGGACGCAGACAGCGCAUGUUCCAGUGAUAGUUAUCAGGGAAACGGGGUGUCAAAAAGGAACCGGAAGUCGUCGCCGGACGACGCCAUGGACGGCGUCGAAAUCAAUCCGAUGACCGGAAAACCUCGAUCGCACGCCAACGCCCGCGAAAGAGACCGUACUCAGAGCGUCAACACGGCGUUCAUCACUUUACGGACGUUAAUUCCUACGGAACCAGCUGACCGGAAGUUGUCAAAAAUUGAAGUGUUGCGACUGGCAACGAGCUAUAUCGCGCAUUUGAAUACUGUGCUAAUGGUAGGCGGGGACAGUUUGGACCAACCAUGCAUCAAACAUCACGCUAUGAUGCGGGGUUCUAUGGACUGUAUGCCGAAAGCAGUGUGCACGUUUUGCCUGAGUAACAGUCGGACGCGGCCUAUGAAGCCAGAGAGCUGCAUGUACCAAGACAUGCGAGGUAUGCCGAUGCAGGUUCGAAGAUGAGACCCACGCCCAUCCAAGGUUACCAAGACAACCGCCACUUAUCAAUCAACACAUUAGCGAUUGCAUUAACCGUAGGAAUAGGAAGGAGCAUCUCGCCGAUAUUUCACAAAUGCUAUACAUUAUGCCCAAAGACAACGCGAAUGGCGGGACAGUGCGUGUGACUGUUGCAGAUCAGCAGUGUGAAAUGUUUGUGUCCUGUAUGUGUCUAUUUAUUGAUAAGUGAUGCAUAUCGCGAAUGUCUUAUAGUUCACGUGACAAGACGUCAUCAAAGCCGUUGUGAGAAUGCUCCUGACAACAGUUUCAUACAGACACACGUUCAAAUGUUCAUUCGAUGCGACGUCAUACACAAAAAAGGCUAAACUUUUUCGCAUACGGACUGAUUGUUUUCAUUUUUUAGUGAGUAAUUUCACUUCAAUCAUGGUCAUAACCAUUAUCAAUAACGACGGAAUCGAGUGUUCAUGCGCCACAAACUUACAUUUCUCUUAACGUAACAUUUGGUAAGGUGGUAAAAUAAUGAGAUAAAGGGAGAAGAUGCAAUUCCUCAAAAAUAGCAAAACGAGUGACGUCCCUUAUGUGGUUUUGGCAUUGCUAUUUAGUUUAUGUUUUUAACAGUUUUGGACUAUUAAACGUCUCUUAAAUGUUAUACACGGAUCGGAAUAUCACUCACUUAAGUUUAUGUAUAAAAAUGUUAAAGCCAAUACUCGACAUUUUGUAUUAGAACAUAUGUUGUUUACUGAGUGAAUGAUGUUUUUAUUUGAAAAUAAAGUGUAUACUUACUACACCAUUUAAUUGAAC